CGGAACUCGCAGAGAGGCGCGAGUCUCUGGCAGGGAGCGACUCGCAAUGGGCUCCUCCACCCAGCACGGCACGGUGAUCAUCCUGGGGACGUUCAUGGCUCUGGCCUGGGCAGGCUCAGCCCUGGCUCAGAGCCACGUCACGGCAGAAGACGGCUCCGACGCUCUCCUGCCGUGCAUCUUCGAGGAGUCCAUCCCCGCGGGCGAAAUGAUCACCUGGGAGAGAAUAUCGGCAAACAAAUCGAGCAAACAGAUCCUCGUGUUCGACAAGAAGGCGACUUCGUUCGUCAGCAACGUGGCGUGGGUGGGAGACCUGAGCAGAGGUGACGCUUCGGUCCGCGUGUCUCCCGUGAGUCACGUGGACGCCGGCGAGUAUUCGUGUGCAGCGUUCUACAACGACCUGACGAAGACCAUCACGCUGACGGUCACCUCCAAAGUGGUGAUGCCGAUGCCGGAUCCCAGCACCAUCGUGGCGGGCGUGGCGCUGAUGGUGAUCGUGGUCGGCGCCACUUACCUCCUCAUGAGCAGGAGGAGGAAGAGGAUCAGGAGGAGAAAGUUCAGUCAGCUGGAGCCUCCAGCCUCUCCCGAUGGCCGUCUCCUGUCACAGGAGGGCACCGAGAGCCCUCGGGAGUGACGCCAAACGCCACGCCGCCACACCCAGGCAGGGGCGCCACGGUGGCUAGGGGAUGUUGACUCUCUCGCAGAGGUCGCAACCGGGUACCCGAUACCCGUACCCUACCCGAUACCUGUACCCUACCCGAUACCUGUACCCUACCCGAUACCUGUACCCUACCCGAUACCUGUACCCUACCCGAUACCUGUACCCUACCCGAUACCCAUACCCUACCCGAUACCUGUACCCUACCCGAUACCUGUACCCUACCCGAUACCCAUACCCUACCCGAUACCUGUACCCUACCCGAUACCUGUACCCUACCCGAUACCCAUACCCUACCCGAUACCUGUACCCUACCCGAUACCCGUACCCUACCCGAUACCUGUACCCUACCCGAUACCUGUACCCUACCCGAUACCCAUACCCUACCCGAUACCUGUACCCUACCCGAUACCUGUACCCUACCCGAUACCCGGCUACCCGUACCCGGCCAGGUACGGGUACGGGUAGCCGUUUGCGACCCUGGUGCGGCCGGGUACGGGUACGGGUAGGCCGUGAGUCACUGGUGAGUAACCGUUUGUCACUCAUUUCGGGUAGGGUACGGGUAGGGAACGGUUACCCGUACCCGGCCGGGUACGGGUACGGGUACCCAUUUGCGACCCUGGUGUGGCCUGGUACGGGUAUGGGUAAGGAAUCAAAACCUGUUUGCGACCUCUGCAGUCUCUCGCCAUGACAUCGGGACCUCGUGCGCGCCAGGCGAGGGUAGAUCACGUCUCGACAAGGUGCGCACUCGCCACCGCCACCGUUCUGCACGCGAACUCAACGAUGCAGACGCUUGCAAUUUCACUCAAAUCACGAGCGGGGAAAUUGUUUUUUGUUUGUUAUAGCGGCAGCCUAAUCACUCGAAAUGCGCGAUGUUCAUUCUAAAUGUGGAGUUGGGGGGGGGGAGGGGGAACUGGAGUGCCCGGAUAAAAAUCCACGGGGAGAGAGACGCAGAUUCCAAAUAUACAGCAGAGAUGGGUCAGGGUCGGGAUCAAACCUCCUGCAUGCCAGACGAGGGAGUUCACAUCUCGUGUCACCACCGGUCUGCUCACGCACACGCAAUGCUACUCGGGUGGCGGCUGUGAUAGACUUCAACCAUUCAUCUUCUUGGUUUUUUCGGUAAAGUCACGUAGAAGGAAAAUAAUAAAAUAAUAAAAAUAAAACAUAAUAACGUAAGGGACCGUAGGGUUAGGGUUAUAUUAUUUUAUUAUGUUUUAUUUUUAUUAUUUUAUUAUUUUUCUUCUACGUGACUUUACCGAAAGAACCAAGUAGGUGAAUGGUUGAUGUCUAUCACAGCCGCGAAAAUAAUAAAAUAAUUAAAACAAAACAUAAUAAAAUUAUAUUAUAUUAUUAUAUUAUAUUAGAAUGUUUUAUUUUUAUUAUUUUAUUAUUUUCCUUCUACGUGACUUUACCGAAAGAACCAAGAAGAUGAAUCCCUGCAGUCGCAAAAGCUUUAAAUCGAAAUUCAACCAUUCACUCAAAUCACUGGCCGAGCGAUGCACCUGCGGUGGCUAGGAGAUGAUAAUUGGUUCUUUACCCUUCUAUCUGGCAACAAA